CCCGAAGCCAGUUUCAGUAAUGUUGAAAGCUUCUUCUCAACCCCAGACUCGAUGGGGUGUGAGACAAGUUACACUUUCUGACAUGAUGAGCGCAAAUUGUUCGAACAGAGCUCCUAAGUUCCAUCACGAUUUCAUCCUCAAGGAGACACGAGUCAAACCUCAGUUAUAAGCAGCUUUCUCUCAACGGAUUUGGGACUGUACUUCUGACAAGUCUAUUCAGAUACGCGAAAACAGGUCAGGAAAAGGAGCUCGCAUGUGCGUAUAUCACUCAAGCGAAGAAUGCCUGCGAUUCGAAACGUUAUAAUAAAAUUACCGGAUCUGAUAUGUACCUUCAAGAUACCUCAGUUCGUUGAAUGAUGAUUUUAAGGGACUAAGCGGUGGUGUCAAAGCCAUAGAAAAGCAAACUUUCAAGAGUAUUGGACGCACGUAACCAUACUCAGACGCGCUGGACCUCUGUCCACCGCUUGUGGUGCUGAACGUAGCUUACAACAAAGCAACGAGACAUCGGGGGAAGAAGAUAUUGCAUUGCAGUAGUAUAUUGUGAUGUAACCUUUCAGAUAACAAAACAAUUCAUACCGUACUGAGAGUUACGAUGCCUAGAUGAAAACCCAUUACAAGGAAUCCACUUUCGCUUGGACAAGGCGUUGUCGAGGGAGACUGUGGAUCUCUAGCCGGUGCGAGGGCGGCUGCCAACCAACAUGCCAGCCAACUUCACCGUCUCCAACCACACCGUAUCGGACACUUACUAUAACUUUCCCGCUUUGAUCUUCGGUAUAUUGUUGACCAUCGUUAUUAUUUGUGGAAAUGUGCUCGUGUGCCUUAGUGUAUAUACUGAAAACGCUUUAAAAACUACAACAAACUACUUCAUAGUCAGCCUAGCCGUUGCAGACUUGCUUUUGGCAGUCUUGGUUUUGCCACUGUUCGUGUACUCGGAGUUCCAGGGUGGUGUAUGGGCCUUAAACAUGACUCUCUGCGAUGGGCUGAUGACCAUGGACGUCAUGUUGUGCACAGCCUCAAUAUUCAACCUCUGUGCCAUCAGCAUCGACAGGUUUAUCGCGGUAUCUGUCCCUCUCAACUACAACCGUAAGUACGUGGACCAGCGGCAGAUAAUCCUGCUGUCGGGCACGUGGGUGCUGGCCCUGGCCGUGGCCUCGCCCGUCAUCUUCGGCAUCAACAACGUGCCGCACCGGGACCCCCGGGAGUGCAAGCUGGAGGACGACAACUACAUCAUCUACUCGUCCGUGUGCUCCUUCUUCAUCCCCUGCCCCAUCAUGCUCCUGCUGUACUGCGGAAUGUUCCGGGGCCUGCGCCGCUGGGAGGAGGCGCGCCGGGCCAAGCUGCGGAGCAGCAUGGAGGCCUGCCGCAAGCUGCAGGAGGCGGCCGCCGGCCUGCCGCCGCUCUCCGGGCUCCCGCCCCCGCUGCCGCCCGUCAUCGAGUGCGACCUGGACGACGCCCAGCUGGAGGAGCUGGAGAACUUCUCCCCGCCCGGCUGCCCCGCGUCCCCGGGGUACAAGGACAUACCCUUGCCCAGCGUGAGCGGCAGCCGGGCCCCGACCCAGAGGAAGAGGGCCAAGAUCAACAGCAGGGAGAGGAAGGCCAUGAGGGUACUGCCUGUGGUGGUGGGUGUUUUCCUGUUCUGCUGGACACCAUUCUUUGUAGUCCACAUCAUGCGGGCUCUGUGCAACUCAUGUGAAAUCUCUCCAAGUCUGAUGAGCAUUGUCACAUGGCUUGGCUACGUAAACAGCGCCAUCAACCCCAUCAUCUACACCGUCUUCAACACAGAGUUCCGGAAGUUCUUCAGCAAAUUCCUACGCAGCUGCUGCUAAUAGCAACUCGGGGAUUACCAUCUGGACAACAAAAAAGUACCACACCAAUCUGUUAAAUACGGUAACGAAUUAACACAUUAUAUAAACAUAGGAUAUAUCAUGCUAUUACAGUAUAUAUCUUAAUUCGGUCUGUUUAUGCAAUUUGACUUUGAUUUAAUUAAUGUGCGAACAGUAUGUCAGCUUGCCUGCUUACAGUAUCCUACCUUACUGUUUGUCGUUUCCAUGUCUAAAGUGGAAAGCUUUCUGUAUAAUUACACUGGAAUGUCAAAAUCUAUUUUUUCACAGAAAUAAAUGACCU